GAAUUUACUUUUGAACAACUGGAGAAAAUUACAAGGAAUGGAUAUUGGAUGUUAUUUGGCGAACUGAAUCUGGAUGUGGAAAAACUGAAAGAACCUGACUGUACCUUCAACAAAACUAUAUAUAGAGCAGGAAUACAAGAACGUUGUCCGUCAUCUCUUGGGACAUUUUUGGCCCCCUAUCUGAAAGCUGUCUAUGUGCUCAUAACAGUCAUAUUGCUUUUAAAUUUGCUGAUUGUCAUGUACAGUCACACAUUUUCUGAGGUACACGAUAAAUCCAAAUUUUAUUGGUCACAACUUCAAACCGACUUUUUGGAGGAGAUCAGCGUCAAAAGUAUUUUCCCUGUACACAUGCAGCAUCUUGCAAUUCCAUUCUGUUUCACCCAUGCGAUUGUGCGGGCAGUGUUGUCAAUAGCCCGUUAUGGUACCGUAAAAUGCUGCAACACUGAUGAUGAUGAUGAUGCUGAUGGUAAUGAUUAUGAUGAAGAUGAUGAUGAAGAUGUCAAAACUAAGCGUCAUCACACACCAUAUACUCAUGAUGAUGAUGAUAUCAAAAAGUUUAACAAAAUACCCAUGUUUGUACGAGUUUUUGUAUAUGAUAGUAACUACGACUUAAAAUUCAGAAAAAAACUGGAAAAGUUGAGGGCCAGGCAGCUUUAA